AGUUUCUAUGGCAGUCACUUGCGCGUCGGCCGCGAUCGAGAAUGCCACGUCGAUUGGCGCAUAUUCACUCACGGAAAUAAUUGUUGCGAUUGAUUCUGACGACGUAUAGCCGGUGUGAUGUGCUGCUCAAAGAGUGAAGUUGCUCUCGAAGACUGAAUUGCGCUUAACUCAUUACAGGUACUUAACUGCGACACUCUCGAAAUGAUGCCGCAGAGGGCUUGUACUCAACGUAUCGGAGGUGUUUUCUUUAAUGCUUUUCUUGUUGGAGCUGCCACAUUGUUGAUCUGUCAAAAUAUCACAAUGGCGGAGGAAGUACCAGCAUUUUUCUUAAAAAUCGCAAAGAUACCAACUCUGCCUAGAGUCGGCAGAAGCGGACGAUUCGAAGAUUUCUUUUACAAAGCUGAGAAGCAUAUACCUCGAAUUGGUAGAAGCAAUCAACAGUCAAUUAAUCCUCUAUCGCUACAAGAUGAACAGGAAACUUACUCCGGUUUAACUAAAAGGCGUAUAGAUUAUUCUCCGAAAGUUGAGGAAUUUACCUGGCAGAACUUUCCUCUAGCGAUUGAAGGUCCAAAAGAAUUGUGGCGGACAUUAGCUGGAUAUUCGAGGGAUGGCGAUGAUAUCGAGAAUGAAGUGUGGCAGAGAAAGAAAAGAACCGAAGAUGAACCAGCAACCAAGCAAGCAAAAUAAAAACUCAGAAGUUCUCUUUACCUCUUUGGAAACGCUAAAUGUUAUACGGCUUUUGCUGUUAUAUAUGGUGACGGGAAGUAAUUAAAAAUAAUAAAUACACAAAUAUAAAGUGCUUUCGCUUUCAUCUUUCUUCAAUUUUUUCGCGUCAAAUUUGGAGAUCCCAAUAAAUAAUUAAUCAAAAUUUUUUUUAAAUUAAGUUAUUAUAUAUUUCCUAACAGUGUACAAUGUACAAUGUAUUAGCAAAAUUUGACAAUU